UUGAAAACGGAACCCGGCCAGGGCUCAUUUACGAACAAGAGAAAUUGGGAAUUUCAAUAGAGCGGGAAAAUAAACCUCCCAAAUUACAAUCCCUAAUCAAAUUUUCCCCAAAUAAUGGCGCCUCUUCUUCAUCGAUAACAUAAAAACAACUUAAAUUCUGUUUUAUUUCUAUUUGAAAGAUAAUAAAAUCAUGGUCCGAGCUGUGAAAAGGGAACCGCCACCCAGUAAUGGAGUUGAAGAGGAGACGGCGAGAGAGCUCAGAGCAGUAAAACGAGAGCGGCUGACUCGUAAAGUUCGCGGCGGUGGUGGGCCGCACCAGCAAGAAGAAGCGGGAGAGAAUAGGACGGAGACGCCGACGGAUACGCCGGCGGAUCCGAGGCUCCUUCGGUCUAAAUACCAUGCUUUGUUUAACAAAAUCAAUGAUGAGAGAGAUGAUUUGACGAAAACUGACUCGGAUAAAUUUGCUUCUAUUUUUAAGGAGGUUGAAGAUUUACAUAAACAUGUGCAAAGGCCAAGAGAGCAAGUUGCAGAUGCAGAGGCAUUACUGGGCAUUGCUAGCUCAUUGGGCACGUCGGUUAAAUCGCAGCACAAUGAGGGAAUUACUGCAGCAGAUUUUGUGUCUGGUUUGCUUGCAGGAUUUGGCCAAUCCAAUAGGACAUUAGGAAGUCAGGAGAAUAGUAGUAAUGUCCCUACUUCUAUCAACUGGAAACAUAUCGGACUUGUUGUUUCUCCUAUUUUCAUGAAAUGUAACGGAUUUAGCACAAUGAUUGGACCAAUGAAAACUGAGUUUAAGCAAAGAAAGGCUGCGGUUCCCAGAACCAAACGUGUUAGGCCAACUGAAAAAUCUCGGCCUGAAGAGAUUGAAGAGACUGAGGCAGAAAAGAAAACAGAUACUGAUAAUAAUAUGUCAACGAUGUUUGAGAUCUUAAGAAGGAACAAACGUGUUAGACUUGAAAAUUUGAUCUUGAAUAGAAGGUCUUUUGCACAGACUGUAGAGAAUUUGUUUGCACUGUCCUUUUUAGUCAAAGAUGGGAGGGUUGAAAUUUCUGUAGAUGGAAGCGGCCAUCACUUUGUCUCUCCUAGGAAUGCUCCUGCUGCCAGUUCUGUGAUGUCAGGGGAGGUUGCAUACAGGCAUUUUGUAUUCAGAUUCGAUUUCAGGGAUUGGAAGGUAAUGACGGACGUAGUACAGGAUGGCAAUGAGCUAAUGCCAGAUCGGAAAAGUGUUGUUUCUGAGUCAGAACGAGAAGCUAGCGUACACCAAGGAAAUGUGAACAGGACACCUAUCAGGAAAUUGUCUAGGCAUCGAGGUCUUGUUUUACAAGAAGAUUCUAUAGUAGAAGACUCUCCUGAUAUUGGAGCUGCGAAAGGCGUUGGUUCCCUUCGGUGUAAACGAAAGCUCAACUGAGAGAUUUUCUUAUGUUAAUCUAUUUUUGUAUUAUGUAUAGGCAAUCCAUCCUUUGGGUUCUACUUAGUUUUGGUGUGCACUUCUUUCUAUUUUCGCACAUUGUAACUUAGCUUAGAUUUCUAACUUAAACGACUCUUCUUUGUACCUAUGAAUUUAUUAACAGUUCCCAUGCUUUUUAAAUUUACCGCUUAUGAUUUUUUA